UGCUUCCACCUACUGAUCAACUCCUGGGACGAUGGCUCAGUCGCGAUGAAAGGUACACAUCCCCUCCUUAUUCUGAGUGCUUCACAUACAAACCUUCUGCACGAGAUGCCAUACUGCGACUUAGUGCUGAGUAGAAGAUUCCCGGCUCCGCUUGAACACGGAUUUCUCCCUGGCGCCUCUCGCUACAGUGAUCGCGCGCGCUUGGCCUUUCGCCUCGCAAUCUCCUGUUCCGACAUCAGGAUUGCCGCUGACGAACUCAGUUACGAACUCUAUGCUCCCAACCACUUCGCUCGCCAACUCGGCCUUGUUCAAUUAGUGCCAUUCCCACUGUAUGAUGCUUGGAACUAUAACACCUCUUGGCGUAGAUUUGGGCCUCUUUCUGGGCCUCCGCCAGCACAAAGCACACUCGCACUGGUUGACCUCCCUGACUGGGCUAAAGAGAUUGACUCUGUGGAUGGGACUGAGGAAGGAUACGAGGCAUGGUGGGAAGAAGUUUCUGUUAACUGCUGGAGGCAACAGCAUGAUGAGCUAUUCGCUGCCAUUUUCGGGGAACUGCGAUACCCCUACGCUGCCGACGUCGAUCUACUUGCUCGCGUCCCUGAAGACGCUGCACAAGUUCCUCCUCCUGCUGUCGAGCCGGCUCCGCGACCCGCGUGAGCCCCACGUCAGGCCCAGGCUGGUAUCGUAAUCCGCGAACCCCCUCAAGAGGGAAACGCGCCAUCCUCUGGCAGUCGCGCAGCCAACACUUCCCAAGCCACUGGCCAGUCUGGGAAACAAAAGGCAGUAAUGACAGAGCCUGAAGACAAAGAAUCCUCCUCUGAUGAUGAUGACUCGCAGACGAUCGCCGCCCUCUCGGCUCGGAAACGCAGUCGCUCUGAUCCUCGAACUGACCUAUGGGCAGGAGAUGAACCAAUCGCUGACCGACUGGUUCGCCAUAGGUCCUUGAGACACACUGAAGAAGGAUCUUCAGCUGCUGGUGAAGGCACAUCUGCUUCCCAAGCCCAAGCGCCAACUAUUGUGAACAACUCUCCACCUCCUGCGGGCGCUGCCAGUAAUGCACAGUUGGCCUUGAUCCCAGUGCAAAUCAUAGAUGAUAGCUCAUCUGAGGCCGAAGAUAGAGUACCGCUACCGGAUGCAACUCGCAAGGAAUCAAGCGAUAUACCUGUCCUGGAACAGAUAGCGCCUGACUCAAUUCCUAUUCCCAGCGAAGCUAACCCAGAGGCAAUGCCAUCGGUCGUUGUGCGUGAGCCCCCAGCCGAGGAGAAUCCAAAUGCUUUCAACACUGAGGACGCUGUAGCUGAAGCUGUAGAGGCAGAAGCUGCUGAACCCGCUCUUAAUAUGGUUGGUCAGGAACUUCUUCCCCCUGCCCCCCAAGUCACUGAAGCCGGAGAAUUGGGAGACCUUCCUGAACCAAUGCCAGAGGCAGCACCUGUCGCUGAGCCUCCUGAGGUCCCUGUCGCUGAGCAACCAACUCCCUCCACUCUGGAAAGGUUAGCUCGUGUACACGAAGUGACCCCUCCUGGGGUCGUAGAUGAAGCUAGAGAAGGCCUUCGUCGCUUCCUGGGCCCUGAUAUCUUGAUUCCUGGUGCGCCCGUGAGAGUCUUAGAAUAUUUGAGGGUACUUCUCCGCGAGGGAGCCAUCACUGAAGAUCAGUUCCAAGAGGUCGAUCAACUGCUGCAAAAUCUCCCUCAAGGGCUCAAUGAGCGGGCAGUCGCGAACGCGCAGGCUAGGCAGACCGAGACGCACUAUCAGAACCUCACUCAACAAACAGAGACCGCGCGCGAUUUCUUGGGUGACCAAGCUAACCUCAUCAGGGAACUGACGCUCGAAAGGAACCACUUGAGGUCCCAGAUUCAGGCUCUUCAAGCCCGGUUAACUGACGUUACUACCAGGCUUACUCAUGCGGAGCCUCAGUUAGAACAACCCCUCGCUGCCUUCGAGACGCUAUCCCAGGAACUGGCUCAAACUCGCGUGGCAGCCCAGCAAGCCGCACAAGCUGCUGCGGAUGCUAGUUUUCGUUUAGAUGAACUUUUCCUUCGCCUGACCCAUGCAGGCCGCAGACUUUUGGGCCUCUAGAAUUAAGCCCAUGUUUCGUAUGAACAAUAAUAUUGUUAUUAGCCUAAUAUUUAGCCCACAUUGCUUGGCCCAAAUACAUAUCAA